GGACAGCUGACCUUCAGGGAUGUGGCCAUAGAACUCUCUCAGGAGGAGUGGGGACGCCUGACCCACACUCAGCGGCAACUGUACAGGGAUGUGAUGUUGGAGAACUAUGGACACCUCUGCUUCUUGGGUCUCACUGUGUCAAAGCCAGACCUGAUCACUUUUUUGGAGCCAGAGAAGCAGCUCUGGGAUAUGAAGAGAAAGGAGACCAUAGGCUUCCAUCCAGGUAGGUGGGAAUGAAUGAGGCAGAUGACAGAGGGGAGGUCCAAGUCUGAAGGAGGAACAUAGACCUUAAGCUAUGGUUCCACUAGCUGUGCUUGAAUGAAAA